UUCUGGACUCUCCCUCGGUGAGGCGAGCGACUCGAUCCCCUCCGCUCUCGCUACGGGGAGGGUUGUCCCGAAAGCGAAAGGAUGGAAGACCGGCCCUCGCUCACUCGAUGGUCAUUCGAGGAUUUCAAGUUGUUCUACGAUGUGCGGCUCGGGAGAAAGAGGCUGUCGAAGGGGGAGGCCGAGGAGGAAGCGAGUUCUGGAUCGAGAUAUGGUGGGAUUCGCGCGAACGGCACGGUCACCGCCAACGGGAGCGUCAAGCCCUCAUCCGACUUGGCUGUUUAUGAGCAGUUCGAGCGGCAGGAGCGGAAGAUUGAGCCACGGGCAGGAGCUAUUUCAGACAGGGGUCAAGAAACAACACCGCAGAGGUCCUUGCUUCCACCUUUUGAAUCUGCAGAAAUGCGCACCCUAGCAGAGACACUAUGCAGAGACAUUGUUCGUGGGAGUCCAGAUGUGAAAUGGGAAAGUAUCAAAGGAUUAGAGAAUGCAAAACGACUUCUGAAAGAAGCAGUUGUCAUGCCCAUAAAAUAUCCUAAGUACUUUACUGGUCUUCUGUCACCUUGGAAAGGUAUUUUGCUUUUUGGCCCUCCAGGAACAGGAAAGACGAUGCUUGCUAAAGCUGUUGCUACUGAGUGCAAAACUACUUUUUUCAAUAUUUCAGCAUCAUCAAUUGUCAGCAAAUGGCGUGGUAUGUUCAUGCGGAAAGACAUUGUUACAUGUCUGCCUAAGAAUGCAGGUGAUUCAGAGAAACUCGUGAGAGUCUUGUUUGAGCUUGCAAGGCACCAUGCACCAUCUACCAUUUUUCUGGAUGAGCUUGAUGCAAUUAUUAGUCAACGUGGUGAGGCACGAAGCGAGCAUGAAGCAAGUAGACGUUUGAAGACCGAAUUACUUAUACAGAUGGAUGGUUUGACAAAGACAGAUGUUCUCGUAUUUGUUCUAGCAGCAACAAAUUUACCUUGGGAACUGGAUGCAGCUAUGCUGCGGCGUCUCGAGAAGAGAAUUCUGGUACCUCUUCCAGAACCAGAAGCAAGGUGUGCCAUGUUUGAGGAGCUGUUGCCAUCAGCGCCUGGUGAAGCAGGCAUUCCAUAUGAUUUCCUGGUUGAGAGAACAGAAGGUUAUUCAGGCUCAGAUAUCCGUUUGGUAUGCAAAGAGGCAGCAAUGCAGCCAUUGAGGCGUUUAAUGAUGGUCCUCGAAGGCAGACAAGAUAAUGUGCCCGAGGAAGCAGAGUUGCCGGAGGUUGGUCCGGUGACACCUGGAGACAUCGAGCUGGCUUUAAAAAACACAAGACCGUCCGCCCAUCUCCAUGCCCACCGUUAUGAAAAGUUCAAUCAGGAUUAUGGCAGCCAAAUUCUUCAUUAAGUUUUUUUUUUCUUUAUUCUGUUUAUUGACAUCCAAACGUAUUCUUUACUCAAAUUCAGUUUCCCUGUAUGGCCACGUAAAACCAGCGUGCAAUUGCAGAAAACACGGCUG